GGCACAUAAUGAUUAACUCAUGACUCUUGAAAGUUGUGAUCCGAUGGGUUUCGACUGGCGGGAGACUGGGUCUCUGGGCCCCAAAGUGUUUGGGGUUGAUGCCUUUGGGUAGGAGUCUCCGCCCAGUGUGUGUUGCCUGCACCGUUCGUUGAGGCGGCGAGAGGGGAACUGAGUCCAUUAACACUUCAAUCAGCUCGUUGGUUGGUUUUGUUCCGAGGUGAAGUUACUGUCCGGGCUCUGGGAUGCAGUACCGCGGCCCCUGGCCCCCCGAGUUCUCCUUGUUCGCCCCCAACCCCGUCCACCCCACGCCGUUUUACAUCGAGGAUAUACUGGGACGGGAACGCGCCAGCUCACCGCACCUCGCCGCUCUCCCCACCGUCCUGCCGCCUUUCCUUCCCCUGGCACCCGGCUAUAGAAGCGGGUUGUAUCAGGACGUCAGUCCCGGUCUGGCCCCGCACUUGUACAGGACUUCUCUCCUCCCCAGCAGCCCGGCUUCGGGAGAACUCGGGCAUCAACUCUACAGACCGCUGGCUGAAGGCAAGCCGUUUUACUGGAAUCCAUUUGCAACACGCACCUUGUACAAAAGGAAAGGAGGCCAGGUGAGAUUUUCCAACGAUCAAACUCUCGAGUUGGAGAAGAAGUUCGAGAACCAGAAGUACCUCUCGCCCCCCGAGAGGAAGCGGUUGGCUAGAACCCUACAGUUGAGUGAGAGGCAGGUCAAGACCUGGUUCCAGAACAGAAGGGCGAAGUGGCGGAGACUGAAGCAGGAGCAACCUGAGGAUGAGAAGUCUAGGUGUCUCAGAGGAAUGGAGGAGGAAUCCAUGGUACCCAGGCAGCAGGGAGACAGCGAAGGGAUAUCGCCGCAGGUGACGGAGGGCAUCACUCAACAGGAAGCCUCUCCCCUUUGCCCUCGGGCUCCCACGGGGACCGAUUCACAGAGCUCAGAGCUGGACAGUGAUGUUGAGGUGGACGUCGAUUGCAACGAAGGUGGUGACCUCAGCCACAUAUCCCCUGAGGAGACAGCCAGCAGAGAGUGAACUGGCCCGGCUUUCCAGCUCUCCGAACAGAGCUCAAAUGCACUCGGUAUCACCUUCAUUCCUUAUAAAUGUGAACAACAGCGAUGUUGGGGUCCAGGGAGAAAGCACUAAACCUCAGGUUACCUUCAAACAACAGCUCAUUCCCCACCAUACUUCGGAGAAAUAUAUCAGCUAUCCUUAUCCAGUUUGGUUUUCUAGACUCAAGUCAGGAGUGUGAUGAGGAGUGAGUGAGUACACUCUUCACUUGCCUGAGUGGAGUUAGUCCAUGCACUCCAGAUCCGCCACACUUCCUCUCCCCAAUCUAUAGGUCAAGAGGCAGAGGAAAGACUCUCCACCUGCCUGGGUGGGGUUAGUCUAUGCAGUCCACAUCCGCCAAAUUUCCUGUCCCCCAUAUGCAAGUCAGGAGCGUGAUGAAUCGCUCUUCAUCUGCCUAGAUGAGUGCAGCUCCAACAGUCAAGAAGCUCAACACUGCCCAGGACAAGGCAGCUGGUGGACUGGUGACCCAUCCACACCCCUAAGCACUCCCUCGCUCCACCUCCGGCGCACAGUAUAUAUGGUCUACAUAAUACACUGCCACAGGUCAUCCACGCUACUCCAACAGCACCUCCCAAACCCAUGAUCCAUACCACCAAGAAGGUCCCAGGACAGCAGUCAUUGGGGACACCGCCACCUACUGGUUCCCCUUCAAGUUUCAUUAUCACUGUUCCUUCGUCGUCGCUGGGUCUAAGUCCUGGAAAUCCCUCUGCAACAGCACAGAGGGAGACCCUUCGCCAGAGGGACCACAGUGACUAAAGGGGGACAAUCACCACCUUCUCAGGGGUAACAAAUGCUGGUCUGGUCAGUGCUGCUCAGACCCAGAGGGAAUAAAUAAACAGUUGAGAAAAGGGAAUAGUGGUGUGGUAGUUAAGUCGAAGGAUUGUAUGUGGCAGAGAGGUGAAGCCUAGGAAACUUAAAUUGUUAUUGGUAUUGGUUUACUAUUGUCACAUGUAUCGAAAUACAGUGAAAAGCUUGUCUUGGGUAUUUUUCAUACAGGUUGAAUCAUUACAGAGUGAAUUAAGGAUUAAGAGGAUUCUUAGCAGUGUGGAGGAACAGAGGGAUCUUGGGAUUCAUGUUUAUAGAUCCCUCAAAGUUGCCGAGCAUAUUGAUAGGUUAAAAAGGCAUAUGGUGCAUUGGGCAUUUUUUUAGUCUGGAAUUGAGUUCAAGAGCUGGAAGGUGAUGUUGCAGCUUUAUAAAACCCUGGUUAGACCGCACUUGGAGUAUUGUGUUCGGUUCUGGUCACCUUAUAGGAAGGGUCUGGAAGCUUUCAAGAGGGUGCAGAGGAGAUUUACUAGGAUGUUGCCCGGAUCUUGUGAGGAUAGGUUGUGUGAGCUAGAGCUUUUCUCUUUGGAGUGGAGGAGGAUUAGAGGUGACUUCAUUGAGGUGUAUAGCCAGGGUAGGUAACUUUUUUGCCUCUGUGGGCCGGAUCGUGUAUUAAUGAGCGGACGGUGGGCCAGAUAAAUGCCAUAAAAAACUUGAAAUACGGGAAUUAUCCAUUUAAUUACAUCUAGUUAUGUUUUGCCUCAAAUUAAUGAAUAACACAUGCUAGAAAAUCAUUUGUGCUUUACCAAGGAUGCCAAUUAGUAAUCAAAGAACUCAGUUUAGUUUUUCUCUCCCACCAUUGCUGGUGCCCCAUCAGUUGUGAUGCCAAUUAGCUUCAGCACCAUUAGUUUCAUUUCUGACAUCAUUUUGAAGCAAAGCUUCAAAAAUGUCUGCUCCAGUAACCGUGUCCUUCAUAGGAAUUAAUUGAAUAAACCUUCAAAAGUUUGAAAAGUUGAGGUCACUCCUCACACAAACACUGCAAGUUGAGCAGUGUCUCUCAAGUCUGUGCUCUCAUCAAGCGCAAUUGAAAAAAAAAUGCAAUUUGUUGCAGGCGUCCCUUACAACUUUUAACAUCUGCUGACAUUUCUUCAACUGGCCGUGUGAUCGUUCUUGCUGACAGGCUGAUGAUGCAAAUAAAGAUUUCUUUUCGGGACAAACAAUAUCCACCACUGCCAGUAAACAUUCUUUGACGAACUCUCCAUCUGUAAAAGGCUUCAUCUUUUCUGCAAUCCGUUUUGAGACUUAGUGGCUGGCACGGGUAUUUCCCUCAUUUUCACUGCUUUUUCAGCACUCAGCGUCUAUCUUCCUGUGUUUUGCAUUCAUUGCCAUUGGAAUUUUUUUCUUUGAUGUUAUUUUGAAAUGCAAGUUAUUCAACAAGUAUCAUAGCAUAUGUAAAUAUCUGGAUAUUUAGCGUGGAUUUCUUGUUAAGACACAGUGACGCUGUUUCUGUUUAUAAGUUUGAACGAUCCCAUCUGAAAACCUGCGCGUGAACGGAGAGUAUCUAAUACAUAUUAAUAAGGUAGUCUGCCUGCCCGUCUUUCGUAUAUACCAGUGUUUGGUUUGGAACAAAACAGAACCUUGUGCCAGUGUAACAAGACACCAUGCAUGUUCAUCAGCAUGGUCAUGUGAAGCACUCAGAAUAAAGCCUGAUUUAUACUUCUGCGUCAACGCGUCGCCGUAAGUACUGCGUCACCGCAAACCCUACGCAAGGCCGACGCAGAUCCCUAAGCCAGAGCCUGCAUUGCUGCAACGCGCACCUCUCCCAAAAUGUAACCGCGCGUCGCGGCAAUGCAGACCGUAAGAACUGUGAUUGGUCCGCUUGGUAGCAUCGCAUUUCUUCCUACGCUGCAAUAGCUUCCCACUGGACGACUGAAGGGCAGGGAAGGAACUCUGGCUGCAAUGCUUUCCAUAAAGCUUUACAGACCUCCGAAAUUAUGGAGGAUACAUUUCGCUUUUACGAAAAAAGACGCUCACUUCUUGUUUACCCCGAGAAAGACUACCAAGACCAUGAAGCCUUGCGCGGGCAGGCGUGUGCGCAUGCGUGACUUGCGUGAAUUGCAGAGCGACGCAGACACACCAACGCACAAGUACAAACGUUUGUAUAAAUGCCCACAACAUGCAUAGGUUGCGACGUCGAGUUAACGCAGAAGUAUAAAUCAGGCUUAAGGAAAAAUUGCUCGUGGGCCGGAUAAGCAUAGUAUCUCAAUAUUAGGUUGCCUACCCCUGGUGAAAAGGAUGAUGAGAUGUAAUUGUUAUCCCUGAGAUGAGUGAACAGCCAGACUUUUUCUUAGGGUGGAAAUGGUUAGUAUGAGGGGCCAUAAUUUUAUGGUGAUUGGAGGAAAGUAGAGGGGAAUGGCAAAGGUAAAUUUUCUACACCAAGGUGGGUGAAUCGUACAUGCUGCCAGGGUUGGUGGUAGAGGCAGAUACAUUAGAGACAUUUAAGAUAUUUUU